AUGAAGGCUUGCCUUGCCAUCCUUCUUCCCCUGGUUUUGGGCGUGGCCGUGACUGUUAUUGCGCAGAUCAAGGAAGCAAACCCAGACUUUGAGCUAGACGAUAUUGAAAAUGUAGAGCCCAAAGAGACCAAGCGAGACUUGGUCCUCGAGGCUCGCGCUCAUGCGACUCACCACUUCUGCCGCGCCGGCAAGAUUGGCUACUGGGGCGGAGGCGAAGCGAAUCGUGACCAGAUUGCCCGUGAAAUCGGCUACCUCCGAUCCAUCGGCAGCCGGACCUGCGGUGUCAACGCUCGAUCUUGCGUGCGCAUCUCGUGCUCCAACAACGCGGGCAUCUGGUGGUGCAACGACAACAACUACCAUGUUGGCGAGAAGGGCAACGACCUCACCAACCUGGCUCAGAUUGCCGUCUACAAGUGCGAGCGCCAUGUCAAGGCCACGUGCUGGUCCGGGCACCCCGUGUGCUAUGACUGCGGAUGUCGGCCCAUUGAUGACUGGGUGGUUUGGGGCCAGCAGUUUAGCAGCCUCAACCACAAUGUCAUUGUCACUGUUGAUAAGUGUUAG